UUUGUUCGUCCGUCGGCAUCGAAAAACUAUACGUCUGAGUUUUAAUUUCAUUAUUUUCGCAACUGUUGAAUUGUUCUAUUCUAAUAUUUUAAUACUCUAUAUUCAAAUUCCAAAUUUAAUAUGGCUUAUAAUUCAAGGUCUUAUAAGCAUGUAGUAGAGUGCUCUGUAGUGAAUUGUAUCGGUAAAAAUAAUAGUCAAAUAAAGUUAUUUCGCUUUCCCAUUGGGAGCCCCACUUUACUUAAAGCGUGGUGCUACAAUACAAAACUAAAAUGUGACUCUAUCAACAGCAACAGUCGAUUGUGUAGCCGGCACUUUGACAUUUCUUAUAUUGGAUCUAAAAGACUGAAGUCUGGCGUCAUACCUACACUUUUACUAGGGCAUAAUGACGACUUAAUGCACCCAACAGUAGACGUCAAUAAAUUGAAAAAAAUUAAAAAACAAUGUAUAGUUCAGAAUUGUAAUAGUACUUACCCUCCUGACCUACUUUUUAAAGUUCCUGAAGGAAAAAAAGCCGAUUGGUCUAAAAUAUUGUAUAUCAGUGUACAAUCCAGUGGUAUGCAGUAUAUAUGCUCAAAGCAUUUCAAGGCUGAUAUGGUAAACAGAAGAAGACUUAAAAGUAAUGCAAUGCCCUGCUUACAUCUUUCAUCACAGUUAGAUAUAACUUCUGCAGGAGUCAGCGUUGAGUGUGAAACUGAAAACACCGACGUAAAUUGCAAAAAUUGUGAAAAAUUCUGUCGGUCCCAAAGUUUCUAUAAGUUGAAAUGUUUCAAGUUGCAGCAAGAGUUGGACAAUCUACAGACGAAAUUCACUGAAGAAAAAAAAAGGAUGGAACAAGAAAAGGCAAAUCUGGAGGAGGAAAUAAAAUUAUGGAAAUCACGUUCGAAUGGCAAUUUCAACAAUUAUAUUGAGAUAUCGGUUGCUGACAGUAAAGAGUCUUAAUUACUUAAUUUAUAAAAUUUGGAAAUCAGUUCAAGAAU